AUGGCGGACGCCUUACAGCAACGGCUGCCCGCAUCGGUGGGAAUCAACAGAUGCAAAGCCGCUUCGCCAAACGAAUUCCUCACGGACGACCUCAUCAAAACGUUCAGCGAUAUGGCCUACAGGCCGAUCGAAACGAAGGCGACCAUGGCGUACGGCUACCACACCGGCCGAGCUCUGCAUCAGGGGCUCAUCUGGACGGACGAGCAGCUGGCGCUGCACGCCAACAUCACCGGCAAGUGCGCCAUCUGCACCCACGUGUGGAAGGUGAAGGACACCCGGCCCGUGCUGGGCCCAGACGGGAAGCCGUGCCUGGACGCGAAGGGCAAGCCCAGGAAGGAACCGGUGGGCACCUUCAGCCUGGUGAAGAAAACCAGCCACAGAUACACCGGCUUCAUGAUCUGCCCCGCAUCCGGCCGCGCCCUCGCACCCAUCUUGUGCUGGGACUGCGUCGCGAAGCACUCCACGGCCAAGCUUCACGUCGUCAACCGCUGCGAGCUGCGCCUGGGUGACACCCCCGUCCUCCGCCAGGAUGGGGGCAUGUGCCCUUGGCGGCAGCUGUGGGCGUUGGACCUCAAGCAGUUGGGCGCGCUCAAGAAGGCGGACUCCGUAUCGAGGGCGGCGCGCACCGGCGGGGUGUGCAUCAAAAGGAGGUUGCCCCCGGCCAAGGGCCCGGUAGGAAAGCGGCCUCGAGAGGCGAAGCUGCUCCCCCCCGUGCGCCCUCGCGAGUGCCCGACCCCACUCACCCGUGCCAUAGCGAGCCGGCUGGGCAUCAACGAUCCCGCCCGUCUCCAAGCAGAGCGCUUCAUCCAGUGCGUGGUGGACGGGACGGCGUUCGUCUGGCCCGAGGGGCUCCGGGAAGGGGGGGCCGCCGUCCUGCACUGCUCGAACUGGGACGCCAAGGGCCGCGGCACACUCAGGGCGAUCGGCAUGCCCGACGGGAAGAAGGCCCUGCCUGCUACUGUCUACUGGGACCCGAACGGACGCCCCGCGUGCAGCUGCCCCCUGGGAAGACUGCACACGCAAGCCGUGUGCGUCCACAAGCUCUUCCUGGUUUCCUUCUCCGCGGGGGCGGUCGACACAAGCCUUCCGGCUCCCCACGAGCUCAACCGCCUGGGGCGUCCCCUGGAGGUCUUGGAGAUCCCCCGGUCCACGCAGCCCCUGGAGUCUCAGAACCGGGUGCCGGAACGGGCUCAGCCGCUCGAGCGGGUGUUUGCGAUCAAACGGAACGCCCACACGGGCCCCGCCAGGAACUUCGUGAUCCAAACGGGUCAGGACCGGUUCUUCUGCAGCGGGAAGCGGGAGAGUAGCUGCACGCGCAACUGCAAGCACGUCCAGCGAGUGCGCAAAGCCCUCAAGGAGGCAGAGGUGUUCACCCCGGUCCGUACCCUCACGCUCACGCAGGACGAGGCCGAAGCCGCCGCAAAGCGGGUCCGGGGUGUCUCUGAGUGGUUGCCUCGACUCUCUGAGGUCCCUCGGGAAGCGCCGCCGCGCGUGUUCGACGAGCAGACCGUGCGGCACGUGCGUGCGUUGGCCGUGCCGGAGGACAAGGGCGGCGUUCGAGAGUGUCGGCCGGGCUGCGAGGUGUGCCAAGAACGCUUGGAGUUCAGGGAGGGGUCGGAGGAGGCACUCGAGGAUGCCGAACGGGCCGUGAACGACCCACCGCCAGCCACUGAUGCCGAGCGAGGGGAGCGAGGUUACGCCGGCAGGAGGGGUAAGGGCUUCGACGCGCAUCCGAAGGUGGACUUGUCCAGCACGGCCGAAAGGCCGGCUGAGGCGUUCGAGGAGGGGUCGGUUCCGGUGUGCGUGGAGUGUGUGGGGGUGUGCAAGCACGGGGAGAGCGGACCUUCCCAGUCGGCUCCGGUGCUCAGCCUGUUCGCCAAGGGCGUGCAGCGGACGGCACCCAGGGUCCUCCGAGCGGACGAACAGGUCCACGACCCCGUGAUCACUGCUCUGCGGAACCCACUGCGGUCGAGCCAGAUGGGAUACUCCGACUUCAAGGAGUUGGGCGCCCGAGGCAGACUCCUAGCCCCCUGCCCGAAAGCCCCACCUCCUUGUCUCACGACGUGGAGGCUGACGCCGGAGAAGGGCGUAACCAUCUACGACGCGCAGUGGACCCUCGAGACGCAGGUGUACCACUACACGUGCGAUUGCGAGAAGAGGCACACGGUCCACUUCGAUGGCGAGCACCUGAAGUUGUACACCCACAGCAGGGGCAUCAUCCUGACUCAGCGGUGCGGCGAGACGUUGCUGGCGGGCCUGCAGGGUGGGAGCAACUUCAGCCGACAGAGCGAUUUGUUCAAGAGCGUGAGCUCGAAGUUCGGGCCAUCCCCGAGGCUCGAUGAGAAGACAUUGCGAGAGGCCGCGAUGGGCUACUUUGCGCUGAAGCAGAAGUACGAGGAGCCGCGCUGUUGUUCCCUCUGCGGGCCUCAUCCCGAGUAUCUGAUCUGCGACGGGCUCUUUGGGUUGGCGAACAAGGACGGCAGCGAGCGCAAGGGGGGCAUCGCUUCCACCACUCAGAACAAGCGAGCCAGCUUCACGCACCCAGAUAAGCGGGACGGUGUGCCCUUCCAGAAGAUGCGGACGGCGGGUGUGCACUAUUCGGGAGUCAGCCGGGGCGGGGCGUACACGGUGAGGCGGGUGGUGCCUGAGGACGACCUCCGGAGGCUGCUGGCGCGCUUGAGCCAACAUCGGCCGUCCGCUCAGCACGCCGACCCCGACGAGGAGGCGAACAAUCCUCCGAAGAGGGGCGAGCCUUUAGACGUGAACGACUACUACGGUGUGCUGCUGGGGGGUCUGAUGGCGAAGGAGCACUAUGCGAUGCGAUGGUUGGUCGAGGGGAUCGAGGCCGAGGCAGAAGCGGACCGUAACCAUGACGAUACUCCAGGCAAGGCGGUCAUCCUGCAACGGUUCCCUGAGCGGUGGAAGGAGAUCAUGUACGAUCUCAAUAGCCACGACGAGGACAGCAAGAUCCUGCAGACGGAGAACUCCCUCAGGGCGCUGUACAAGUCGAGCAUCUAUGGGAGAGGGGGCGUCGCGUAUCGCAACUGGACAGGCGCGGCGUGGGACCGCUUCCAUGGAGCGUCGUGGUGGUGUGACCCGCAGAAAGCGUGGUGGGACCGCUUCUCGAAGCCACAGUGGGACGCGUACCCGAACCCACCUCCCCCUAACCCCGAGACGAUAGCGGCGGCGCACAAGGCGAUGGAGGCGCUCGAGUGUUUCUCCGACACUGCGGAGCUGCUGGGCGAUGCUGAGCGGGAGUUGCUCAGGGAGAAUCUGGGGGAGACGGGGCCGGCGCUGGGGGCUUUCACUUCGGACGGGGAGGACCUGUGCUGGUACCCGUUCUGGGAGAAGAAGCGGCCGCUGCCCUUUUACGCGGAGUUCGAGACGCCGGAAGGGAAAUCUAAGACGGCUGAGGCUCGCUGUGCGGGGAACGAGUCCGCUCCCAACCAGACGAGCAAGCUGCCUCACACCCGCGGGCUCUACGUGUGGUGCUGCCCGCAUCGGGUGCUCUACGGCAUCCACAUCAUGCUGCGGGGAGAGAGCCCGAGAGAUCCGUUCACGGUGCUCUACACCCGCUUCAACCGAGAAGAUCUGCCGCGAGUGCUGAUCAACGACUGUUCCUGCUCCGGUCAAAACUACUGCUUCAGGCGGGAGCCCACGUUCUUUUCGAACGUCCGGUUCGUCAUCGACAAGUUCCACUACGGCAAGGCCGAGAAAGAGAUCCAUCUCUGCGGCCCCACGAACAGCAGUCACUACUACGGUCUGCUGACCCAUGUGAACACGAGCGCGUGUGAGAGCGUGAACGGCUUCCUCAACCGCUUCACCACGAUCGGAUGGUUCUCGAAGCUCGAGAACAUGAUGAUCCUUCUGCCCUUACUGAUAACCGCUUACAACGCAGAUCUGAGUAGAGUAGACGAUCACACGAUCAGGACAGCAUGUAGACGUAGCAUAUGGACACCCGACAUAAGAGAUCUGCUUUUUCUUCAGUUGUAG